ACCCAACACGUAUACCCAGCCGAACAUAACAGAAGCCACUGGAAUGUCCCUUUAUUGCCUACGUCUCUCCAGAAACUUCCUUUGGAUCCCCAUUUCUCCACACCCCCAUAUCCCGCUAUAAAUACCACCGUCCCCUCGGUAAAUAUCACAGAGAAAACAUAG